UAUUAAUAAAUACAUAAAGUAUGUUUGUUAAUGUAAAUAAAAAGAGAGAGAAAGCAAUAUUCAUAAAAUAAACAUUGAAGUCAAUGUUUGACGACUAAAACUAAAUUUGCAAUGUGUAUACCACUUUAAUACUUUCAAACAAAUUGUCAUAACUGCAAUUUUGUGCCGGCAAUCAGAGAAUUAAUAUAAACUUUAAUUUAAAUAAUCAUAUUUUCAUUAUGUUUAUCAAAUAAUACGAUAAACAAAUUAAAAAAUUGGAUAUUUUUAUUAUUUCAUUGAAGAUGUUGUUUUAUUCGUUUUUCAAGUCCUUAAUUGGAAAGGACGUAGUUGUAGAAUUAAAAAAUGAUUUAAGUAUUUGUGGCACACUGCACUCAGUAGAUCAAUACCUGAAUAUAAAGUUAACUGAUAUAAGUGUAACUGACCCAGAUAAAUAUCCUCAUAUGUUGUCUGUAAAAAAUUGUUUUAUUCGAGGAUCAGUAGUGCGUUAUGUACAAUUGCCAGGAGAUGAAGUGGAUACUCAGCUAUUACAAGACGCUGCCCGCAAGGAAGCAGCAGUUCAAGCGAGAUAAUUUAUAUUGAUAUUAGAUGUAAAAAUAUCUAAUAUGAUUUAUUUUUUACUAUUGAAAUCAACAAUGUAUACAAUGAACAUGUAAAUUAUAAAUUUAUAUAUCUUCAAA